AUGUCGCGGCAAGACGUCCGACCAUCUCCUCCGCAGACGUGGCCGGCGAUGGCCAGACGUCCUGCCAGGACGUCGACCUCCGUGGAUGGACGGCUACCUAGGUCGUCGCUGGGAAAAUUUGUCGGCAUUUUACCUUAUCGAUUUUGUUCAAAAAAAGUUUACCUUGUCGACUGCGCUUUGUGGAGGCGCGGAGGUGGUGGCGACGGUCGUCGGCGUGAGGUGGUGGUCGCCGGCAGCGAAUAUAUUAGGAGUGUGUUUGGGGAAAGUGUUUGA